UUUUUUUACACAUCGUUUGUUUUUCCCCUCUUGUAAAAAAACAGAAAAUCGAAUACUUUUUCUCCACCAACACCUCGCACCCGCCGUGUUAUCGUAUUGCCAUCGUUCCGCGUCCUCCGAUCGAUCACCGGCCCGGGGCGGUUCGAAGUCUACAAUCCCCGUGACCAAUCCGUGGUUCGUUUCUUGGGAUUCUUCUGUGCGCGCCCGUUUUUUUUUUCCAUUUUCAUAACUUUCGCUUAUUCAUUUCCGUUCUUGCCGCCGUAAACGUGUGCGUCCACCAUGUGUAUCGUGCUCCAUCCGAUCCUGCGUGCCCUUUACGGUUUGUUCACCGGAGUGACUUCGUCCGCCGUCAGAGUCACAAUCAAAGAGGAUUGCAAAUCACUACUUCUAUCCAAUGAACAACUAACUACUCUAAUGAAAGAUAUGGACGAUGCCAUUAGGAACGGUUUGCGCAAAGAUACCAAUCCAAGCUCCAUUGUCAAGUGCUAUGUCACUUAUGUACAAGAUUUGCCCAAUGGCACUGAAAGAGGUAAAUUCUUAGCUUUGGACUUGGGUGGCACCAAUUUCCGUGUGUUGUUGAUCGAAUUGGGAGAGAACAACUACUUCCAUAUGGAAUCUGAGAUCUUCAAAGUUCCUGCUCACAUCCAAACUGGCAAGGGCACUGAAUUGUUCGACCAUAUCGCCAAAUGUUUGGCUGAAUUUGUUAAAAAACAUAACUUGGACAGCAAAAAUGCUUUACCAUUGGGCUUCACAUUUAGUUUCCCACUUAGACAAGUAGGACUUACUAAAGGAUAUUUAAACAGUUGGACUAAAGGAUUUAACUGCUCUGGAGUUGUUGAUGAAGAUGUUGUCAAGCUUCUCAAGGAUGCCAUCAAGAGGAGGAAGGGCCUGAAUCUACGUUUAACUGCUGUAUUGAAUGAUGCAACUGGAACCCUAAUGAGUUGUGCUCACAAAACACGUUAUUCCAAAAACUGUUUUGUAGGUUUGAUUAUUGGAACGGGCUGUAAUGCAUGUUAUGUCGAAAAAAUCGAAAAUGCCGAACUUUUUGACGGUGACCAAUCGAAACCACACGUGAUUGUCAACACCGAAUGGGGUGCAUUCGGAGACGAUGGGAAAUUAGACGCAAUCCGCACGAAAUACGAUCGGGAAAUCGACGAAGAUUCAUUGAACCCGGGACAACAGAGAUUUGAGAAAAUGAUCAGUGGUAUGUACAUGGGCGAGAUCGUGAGGUUGGCCAUCGUAGAUCUGGCAAACCAAAAAAAACUGUUCGAAGGACGGCUGUCCGAACAAAUGAAAACCAAGGGAGCUUUCGGUACGUCAUACGUAUCGGACAUUGAAAGUGAUAAAGCCAAUUACAGGGAGACACUGAAGGUCUUAAAUGAAAUGGGUAUCAACGACCCGUCUCUAGUAGACUGCGCCAACGUGCGAUACAUUUGCGAAUGCGUGUCCAGGCGAUCCGCACACUUGGUUUCUGCCGGUCUAGCCGUAUUACUAAACAAAAUGGACGAAAAAUCAGUCACCAUUGGCGUUGACGGUUCCGUGUACCGUUUCCACCCAUACUUCCAUAAACUCAUGGUAGAAAAGACCAAACAACUCACCAAAUCUGACAUCAAAUUCGACCUUAUGUUGUCUGAAGAUGGAAGUGGUCGUGGAGCUGCUCUUGUUGCUGCUGUAGCCGUCAGGGACGAAUUACCACUAAAAACGAACGGAGUUGCUGCAAAAUAAUUCCUGACCGCUAACUAGUGAGUCAAUGUUACCACAAAUGCUAGAAGUACAUACAUUGUUUUAGCAUAAUUUUAUUUGAAUUUUUUUUUUGUUCUCUAAGAAAAAAGUUUGGUGCUAACGCUAAGCGUCCUUUAGGCGUUAUAUACACUUAACAAUGAGAGUUAUUUGUUUUAGAGUGUUGUCAUUGUUGUUGAGUGUUGAAUCUUGAUUGUUCAUUGUUAAAAAUGUUUUUUAGAUUUAGAUCAUAAAUACAUUUAUAUAUACAUCAAA